AGAGCAGAAGCCGGGCGCCGACGGGCUGAGCGCGGCGCCGGCCGGGAUGCGUGCCCUCUUGCAGCCCCCGCUCCUGUCCCUGGGCGCAGUGCAGCCCCAUGGCAGGUAGCGGCGGCCCGGGCGGCGGGGCUGGGGGCAGCCAGGGCGCGGGGGGCGGGCCCGGGACGGCGCUUCGGGCGCCGCGUGCGCCUCUGCUGCUCGCCGCGCUGGUGCUCGGCGCCUACUGUCUCUGUGCCUAUCCCGGACGCUGCCCGCCGGCCGCACGUGUCCCCGCGCCGGCCCCCGCCCCCACAGAGACGCCCCGCGCCGCCGGCAACCCCGGGGCGCCAGCUCUGCCGGUGGCCAGCGGCCCAGGCCGCCGGCGCUUCCCGCAGGCGCUCAUCGUGGGAGUGAAGAAGGGCGGCACGCGUGCCCUGCUGGAGUUCUUGCGGCUGCACCCCGACGUACGCGCGCUUGGCUCGGAGCCCCACUUCUUCGACAGGUGCUACGAGCGCGGCCUCGCUUGGUACCGGAGCCUGAUGCCACGCACCCUGGACGGGCAGAUCACCAUGGAGAAGACCCCUAGCUACUUCGUGACUCGGGAGGCCCCCCGCCGCAUCCGUGGCAUGUCCCCGGACACGAAGCUGAUCGUGGUGGUGCGGAACCCCGUGACUCGGGCCAUCUCUGACUACGCCCAGACGCUCUCCAAGACGCCGGGCCUGCCCAGCUUUCACGCCCUGGCCUUCCGCCGCGGCCUGGGCCCCGUGGACACGGCCUGGAGCGCCGUACGCAUUGGCCUCUACGCCCAGCAUCUGGACAACUGGCUGCGCUACUUCCCCCUGUCGCACUUCCUGUUUGUCAGCGGCGAGCGCCUGGUCAGCGACCCUGCCGGAGAGGUGGGCCGCGUGCAGGACUUCCUGGGCCUCAAACGGGUCGUCACGGACAAGCACUUCUACUUCAAUGCCACCAAGGGCUUCCCCUGCCUCAAGAAAGCCCAGGGGAGCAGCCGCCCCCGCUGCCUGGGCAAAUCCAAGGGCCGGCCCCACCCCCGAGUGCCCGAGGCUGUGGUCCAGCGCCUGCGGGACUUCUACCGGCCCUUCAACCGCAAGUUCUACCAGAUGACAGGCCAGGACUUUGGCUGGGACUGACAAGGCCUGGCCCGCCCAUGCCCUGCUUGGGGACUCGGGUAAAACCUUAAUUUAUGCCUGUCACCUGGCCAGGGUGGGCCGUGUACAUAUACUGGGUAGAGAGGAGUAUUUACAAAAUAAAGUUU